GAAACACGGCCGUUUAGCAAUCUUUUGGGCUGACGCUGAGCUAAUCUGACCCGUUCACGUUACCGUUGCGGUCAAUCGAGAAAUAAUGACAACCGAACCCCCUCAGCUGGUCCGGCCGCCGCAGCACGCUCGCAGGGCAGCUUUCCGCUGCUCUUCCUGGGAGCCAUGAGAAUGUCACCGCUCCGGCCUCGUCCUUCCAGUCACAGAAGAGACUUCCGUUAUUCACCAACAAGAUGUACUUCAACCGGCGCGGCAAGAAGAUACACAGCGAGGGAGAGCAGUUAGUGUUGAGCACCAUUAGACAGGAGGCUUCUCAGCUGCAGGACCCAGGCCAGGGCGCCGGUGCUACCAUGCGUGCCCGCCUCACAGACAGGUUUGACAAAAGACCCUCUUGCUCGUCCGCCGGGUACCGCAAGGCAGACGAUGAGAUGUCCGGGACCACUUCCCAGGCGGAUCCGGUAGACGCCACGGCGCGGACGGUGCUGCUGAACCGGCCUCAGACCACCAAGUUCUGCGACAACCACGUCAGUACCACCAAGUAUGGGGUUCUCACCUUUCUACCCCGGUUCCUGUACGAGCAGAUCAGGCGGGCAGCGAACGCCUUCUUCCUGUUCAUUGCACUUAUGCAGCAAAUCCCAGAUGUAUCCCCCACUGGUCGCUACACCACCCUUGUCCCGCUCAUCUUCAUCCUCACUGUGGCUGGGAUUAAAGAGAUCAUAGAGGACUAUAAAAGACACAAAGCAGACAACACAGUGAACAAGAAGAAGACGACAGUGCUGCGGAACGGAGCUUGGCAGACGAUCAUUUGGAAACAGGUGGCAGUAGGUGAUAUUGUGAAGGUGACCAAUGGCCAGCACCUUCCAGCUGAUAUGGUUAUUGUGUCCUCAAGUGAGCCGCAGGCCAUGUGCUACACUGAGACCUCUAACCUGGAUGGAGAAACCAACCUGAAGAUUAGACAGGGUCUUUCACUCACGGCUGGUUUUCAGAACCUGGAGGAUUUGAUGGGGCUGUCUGGUCGUUUGGAGUGUGAAGGGCCCAACAGACAUCUUUAUGACUUCACUGGUACACUGCGGCUGGACAGUCAAAAUCCAGCACCCCUGGGUCCAGACCAGGUCUUACUUCGUGGUGCUCAACUUAGAAACACCCAGUGGGUUGUGGGAAUUGUUGUCUACACUGGCCACGACUCUAAACUAAUGCAGAACUCCACCAAGGCUCCUCUAAAGCGCUCCAACGUGGAGCGUGUGACAAACAUGCAGAUCCUGGUUCUGUUCGGCAUCUUGCUGGUCAUGGCGCUGGUCAGCUCCGUGGGUGCAGCCAUCUGGAACAAAGUUCACACAAAGGCAGCUUGCUGGUACUUAUCCCCAGCAGACGACAUCUCAACCAACUUUGCAUACAAUCUGCUGACUUUCAUCAUCCUCUACAACAACCUGAUCCCCAUCAGUCUGCUGGUCACGCUGGAGGUGGUGAAGUUUACACAGGCGCUCUUCAUCAAUUGGGACGUGGAGAUGUACUAUUCAGAGACUGACACCCCAGCGAUGGCUCGAACAUCCAAUCUUAAUGAAGAACUGGGACAGGUGAAGUACCUGUUUUCUGACAAAACAGGAACUCUGACGUGUAACGUCAUGCACUUUAAAAAGUGCACCAUUGCAGGAAUUACCUAUGGUCACUUCCCUGAUCUUGACUGUGAUCGUUCAAUGGAGGACUUCAGUAAUUUGCCGUCCAGCAGCCACAACUCUACAGAGUUCGACGACCCGGCUCUCAUUCAAAACAUUGAGAAGAACCAUCCCACAUCACCUCAGAUCUGUGAGUUUUUGACGAUGAUGGCGGUGUGCCACACGGUGGUACCAGAGCGGGAAGACAACCAGAUCAUCUACCAAGCAUCCUCACCAGAUGAAGGAGCGCUGGUCAAAGGUGCCAAGGGUCUUGGCUUUGUCUUCACAGCGAGGACCCCACAUUCAGUCAUAAUAGAAGCUAGAGGGAAAGAGAUGACCUACGAACUACUUAAUGUGCUAGAGUUUUCCAGUAACCGGAAACGUAUGUCUGUGGUGGUGAGGACCCCCAACGGGAGGCUGCGUCUGUACUGCAAAGGAGCCGAUAAUGUUAUUUUUGAGAGAUUAAACGAAGCAUCACAGUACAAAGAGUUAACGGUUGCUCACCUGGAACAGUUUGCUACUGAAGGCUUAAGGACGCUGUGCUUUGCGUACGUGGACCUGGAGGAAGGCGCCUAUCAGGAGUGGCUGAAGGAAUACAACAGUGCCAGCACCGUGAUCAAAGAUCGGGCACAGAAACUGGAGGAGUGUUACGAACUCAUCGAAAAGAACCUGAUGCUGCUGGGGGCCACGGCCAUCGAGGACCGCCUCCAGGCCGGGGUGCCAGAAACCAUCGCCACUCUGAUGAGGGCCGACAUCAAGAUCUGGGUUCUAACGGGGGACAAGCAAGAAACUGCCAUCAACAUAGGUUACUCCUGUCGUCUGGUGACACACGGCAUGUCCCUCAUCAUUGUCAACGAAGACUCUCUGGAUGCUACUCGUGCCACCCUUACAGCUCACUGUUCGUCUCUGGGAGACUCUCUGAGGAAGGAAAACGAGCUAGCGCUGAUUAUCGAUGGCCAGACGCUGAAGUAUGCCCUGUCCUUUGAGCUCCGCCAGGCCUUCCUCGACUUGGCCUUGUCCUGCAAAGCUGUGAUCUGCUGCCGAGUUUCCCCGCUGCAGAAGUCCGAGAUUGUGGACAUGGUGAAGAAACACGUGAAAGCUAUCACGCUAGCAAUAGGUGACGGGGCGAACGACGUGGGGAUGAUUCAAACCGCUCACGUCGGAGUGGGAAUCAGCGGCAACGAGGGCAUGCAGGCCACCAACUCCUCUGAUUACUCCAUUGCACAGUUCUCUUACUUGGAGAAGCUUCUGCUGGUUCAUGGAGCGUGGAGCUACAACCGAGUAACAAAGUGCAUCCUGUACUGUUUCUACAAAAAUGUGGUCCUUUACAUAAUAGAGCUUUGGUUUGCCUUCGUGAACGGGUUCUCCGGUCAGAUCCUUUUCGAGCGCUGGUGCAUAGGCCUCUACAAUGUGAUUUUUACCGCGCUGCCUCCCUUCACUCUGGGAAUUUUUGACCGGCCGUGCAGCCAGCAGAACAUGCUCCGUUUCCCACAGCUCUACAGAAUUACCCAGAAUGCCGAGGGAUUCAACACCAAGGUGUUCUGGGGACACUGUAUUAAUGCACUGAUUCAUUCCAUUAUCCUCUUUUGGUUUCCUCUGAAAAUGCUGGAGCACGACUCUCCCUUCAGUAACGGUCAGGGAAAUGACUACCUGUUUGCUGGGAACAUGGUCUACACGUACGUGGUUGUUACAGUGUGUCUCAAAGCUGGGAUGGAGACCACCGCUUGGACCAGGUUCUCCCACUUGGCGGUUUGGGGCAGCAUCGCCCUCUGGAUGGUCUUCUUCGCGGUCUACUCCGUCAUCUGGCCCACCAUUCCCAUCGCCCCCGACAUGCUGGGCCAGGCUGGCAGGGUGAUGCAGUGCUGGUACUUCUGGCUGGGCCUGAUCCUGGUGCCUACUGCGUGUUUGCUCAAAGAUUUUGCUUGGACGGCCGCACGCCGCAGUGUGAGGAAGUCUUUGCUGGAGGAGGUGCAGGAGUUGGAGGCGCAUGCUGUCGACCCGGGAGCAGCAGUGCUUCGGGACUCCAGCGGGCGAAGUCUAAACGAACGAGCCCAUCUGCUGACAAGAGUCUUUAGGAAGACACCUUCAAGUGUGGGACGCUCGAAUUCGGUGCAGCAGACUGUGUCACAUGGCUAUGCCUUCUCUCAGGAGGAACACGGCGUGGUGUCCCAGUCUGAAGUAGUUCGCUCCUACGACACCACGCGCCAGCGGCCCAGCCUCUAGCCCCGCCCUAAUCAAGUCUUUGGCUCACUGUAGCAAUGGUUGUCAAGCAAAGACAGACUUUCAGGACGCCCUCCCGCUGGGUGCCAGACCGCUGCUAUGGCCUUACUGAAACAGGGACAGGACCCCUCGUGUGGGGGCGCGCUCAGGUGUGGAGGCCAUCGCACACGGUGGUUUGGAGAAGGGACCAGGCCAAGAACAGAACAUUGGCACUCACUAAAGCUGCACAGGCAUGAGCAAUCAUAUCCACGCACAGACAUGCCAGGUCAAACUCAGAGACUGCUUCGUGUAUCUGUGUAACCCUCAGACGGGGGAGUGCUUCACGCCAUUGUGUGUCGAUGUGUGCGAGCGUUCCAGUGUGUCUGUUUCUGCCUUUGCACGUAUGUCUGCUUGCACUGGUGCCCCCGUGUUUGUGUGCAUGUGUGUUCACGUGUGUUCGCUUCCCAAGAUUACCUCUCGCCUCCCUCCCUCCAGGAGGGUUCAGCUCGUCUGUCGUCACCUGCCGACGCCAAAUACGUCAAAAAAAAUAAGCGCGCACAUCUCCAGGUUGAGUUUCGCAUAAAGGGUGGGAGGGGAGCGCAGACCGGAGGAGCCGCCGGAGUCCUGCAUCGCCACGACAGGCCCCCUUUGUUCCAUCGCAGCAGCGAGCCUCACUGCCAAACACCACAGAGAUGCCGCUGAGGCAGAACGCUCAACUGGAGUGCUGCAGCCCCUCCUACCCCACCGAGACGUCUUCUUAUCUCAGCAUAGUCCGCAGCCCACAUCUCUUCCGUCUUUGCAGUUUUAAUUGUUUUCUUAUUUUACAAGUUUUGUAUGACCCCUCCCUGAUUGAUCCAUCUAGCUGUUGAUCUAAAAGAAAAAGCUUUAACACUUCCUCCUCCAGUUUUGUUGGAUUUCACUCUUGUUUUUUAUUAAUAUUAAAGAGGGAAUUAUGUUUUUGAGUUAAUAUAUUAUUUUUUACUCAUGUCGGGUUUUGUACUCAUGUGUUUUAGAGAGAAUAUUUUACUUGAAUUACUUUUAAAAACGGUCUGGGGUGGGACGUGUGCUCGGGUCAUGUGUCUCCUGGCCUGAAUGUGAAGUCCAUUGUCUGUGUGCUCUUGUGUUGAGGACACUCAUGUGCAGGAAUGCAAGUCUGAAGGGUCGGGAGAGGGGGGGCUGUCCAUCCAAAUCCUAAUCAUUAAAUCUAAUCAAUCCAUGUCCUGA